AGUUGAAUUCAACCAUUAGUCUCAAAUGGUUUGUAUCUUUCCGUAUCAAGAAAAAAAAAAUGUUAAAUGGAUUAGUUAUAUGGUCUCUUUGAUUUUAUUUUUUACAUUUUAAGAUUUUAUUUUAUCAUUUAACGUUCGACUUAACAUUGGAAUAUUUUUCUUAUAUACUUAUUUUUAGUGCCACACAAAGUUAUUAAAGGUAUACUAAAGACUUGUUAUCUUAUUAUAAAUAAAAAAAAAUACAAUUAAACUGAUGACAAGGCAGCAUGGUCUAUGACCUUAGCCUGUUCCAAAUGGAACGAAUAAAAAAAAACAUCACUUUUGUAUAUAAAUUAUAAUUUUAUUAGUGCACUUGUGAUAGAUAUCAUUGGAGUUUUAUUUUAUCAGUUCUUCUAAAAAGAAUUUUAACAUUUCUUUAAUAACUACAAAUGCAGAAAUUGUAAUAAACGCUGUUGCAUUUUAAGCCAUAAUGGAAGUCAAUUACAUUUCGCACAGUAAUCACGAUGAAAGCGAUACGGAAGUUGAAAUUGAUCCAAUUUAUGAUAUAAUUGAUUACUUAGUGAGAUGUGCGAAGAUUUCGUUUAAAAAUGCCCAUAUAAAUGAAGGUGAGGUAAAGACUAGCGAUAAAAUUGAAAUGGCAUAUGAGCUGUUCAAAAAGUCACCUACAGAGUUUCUUAUGCAAUUUGGGAAGUACCUAGCUCCAAAUCAUUUGAUAUAUUUUGAUAAAUUAAAAUCCACUAUUCAUGAACAUAAUUAUGCGGAAUGCAUGAGACAACUAAAAGUGUAUCACUCUGAAGAGAGUAAACGUAAAAGAAUAAGGAAUAGGAGAUACAAAGCUUUGCAAAAACUUGAAAGUGAAACUGAUUAUUUCAGUGACAAACAAAUGAUGUCCAGGAACCCACUUUUGUAUGAACAAUUAGUGGGUCAAUACCUGACAGAUGAAGAAAUAAGGGAGCGUGAUGGAGUGGAUAGAGAAAACUUGACAUUUCUCAAUUUAAUAUUAGAAACUGUUGAUCGCAAUCAAAUGAGAGAAACAAAAAAUGAGCAAUUACUUGCUGAAAAAAUGGAUAUAACAAAGGCAACCGAGGCUGAAUGUAAAUCAUCAGUAAAUGAAGAUAAUGUAAGAUCUAACAAGCAAUGGGGUGAGUUUUCAGAAGACACUCCCAAAAAGCAAUGGGGAGAUUUUGAUAAAAUAGAUACAAGACCUGACCAUAAGCCCGAAGUCAGAAAACAAUGCACUAUUAGUGCACCUGAGCGACGGUUGUUUCGUGAAGAAUUUCUUCAAGAAAUGUACAGCAGUUUCAUUGAAGGAAGAGAUGAUGUUGAUUAUGAAGGUAUCGAUAAUGAUGAACAGUAUGAUGAUUUAAAACAAUUUUCUCAAGAUGAAGAGGAUAAAUAUUUUGAUUCAGAAAGUAAUGAAGUGGAAAAUUUAGAGCAACAUAUGAUACUUGUUGAUGAAUAUACCAAAAAACAAACUGAUUAUAGUACAGAAGAAGAUCCUUUAGAUGUUUUCAUGACACAUUUAUCUAAUAGAUUAAACAUGAAACAUUAUUGCUUUGUUUUAAUUUUAACUAACAACUUCCUAACUGUAUAGG